AAAAAUCCAAGGCCUUCCGCCGCAACCAGGCCGGGCGGGCCGAUGCAUAUCCUUUGCCCUUCCGCUCCAUAUACACAAGUGUGCUUGCCGGGUGAGAGGAUUCCACAGACCCUGGGCGCUCAUCUUUCAUACUUCUGCCGUCGCGAACCCCACGCUGCCCUCAGCGGUGUAACCCCUUUUCCACCACUCCCUGCUCCAAUUUAGCCCCUCAUCUCUAGAUCUGGUAUCGUGGAUCCGGUGAAGAUUCAAUCUUUAUCAUAUCCAGGAGGACAUGGCGGAAACGGACUGUGAUAACCAAUCAAUGCAAUCGAAAGUUUCGGCAACACGUGAAAAGGAGGUCGUGCAAACUGCCUGUCACAAAGAUAUUACAGAGAGUCCAUGGGAUCCAUCUUAUCUUUUUAUGGUUCAUGAUGAAAGUGAUUGGGAAAAGGUGAUUGAGUCGUCGAAGCAAAUAACUGUUCGGAUGGCCAAGGCGCUUCCAAAUGAAAUAAGGAUCCCAGACCCUACUCCUGAUUAUAUGCGACCUGCCUUCUAUAGUAUAUCUCACAGAUUGGGCCCGGUACUGAAAAAGGAUAGUGUCCGGUGCUUCCUCCGUUUGUUUGCGGAAUCUCCUAAGGCCAUGACAUGGUAUUUGAACAUAAACUCUGAAACAUUGACCUGCAUUGUCAGCCAUGAUGCCCUGCGAUGUGCAAAAGUUGUAUUGGAGGGCAAGAUGCGUAAGCUCAAUUCUCUGCAUGCCAACCCCAACUGCAUCAACUCAUAUGGAUAUUUCGCUCUCCAUGAAGCUGCUGAACGGUUCUCUGUUGAAAUGAUCAAGUUGCUCUUCCGCCAUGGUGCUUCAGCCAAUGUGCGCACAGUUGGUGAUAAGGUCAUUGAGAAUCUACUCCCACUACAUGUUGCAAUUGAGAACACUUGCAUGCAUAAGUAUCUGGAGGACAAUCUAUCACCUCCUCAGUAUCAUCGGGAUUAUAUCUACAAGCUCAUUCAUCUGCUUUGCCUACCAGAGAUGAAGAUCUUCUUGGAUACGAUUAGGCUUCUUGCUGAAAAAACAGAUAAUCUAGUUGAUGAGCUCUGGAAUUAUAUUAUGGACAGAAAGCUCGUUCAGACUUCACUUCUACUGCUGGCAGCUCAGAAGCAGAUUCGGAAGCAUGAUUUGUUCAAUACUAUCAUGUAUCGCAUAUACAGAGAGUGUUAUACGCUAGGAUUGCCAGGUGACGAUAAUGGUGAGGUGCAGAAGCAGCUGGAGGAAACAUUUCAUCUUGUUAGUAUAAUUUCCCGUGCUGGUGAAGCUCUGGAUAAAUAUAUCCAGGCACAUUCAGAGGUGCCUCAUGUGGAGGUCCUUCAACAUGUCUCAUCUAUUCUUAAGGAAUUUGGACUUUCCCCUAAAACAGACUACAUCGACAUCAGAAACCUCCGCCCUUAUAACUGCAAGUUUUCUAUUAAGGGUUUUCAUGAGAAAGGGCUCGUGCAUGCAACUAAGGAGCUUACAGAAAUGUCGUGUAUGAAUGCUGCUGAGGAAAAAGUAAAUGUUCUGAGAAAGAAAGUAACUGGAGGAUGGGAUCCAACAUGCACAAAGAGAAGUUUUUUCCCGUUCUGGAGAUCAGUAUUAGGGUCUCGGGGUAAUGUGAGGGUGUAUCCAUCCUAUGCAGCACCAGAUGAGAAUAUGGUGCUUGAUGGUGAACUACUUCGUAAGAGAAUGAGCAAUUGGUCUUCUCCUAUGAAUCGUGUUGGGUUAACCGGAAAAAUUCCGCAACUGACAAGUACUCAUCAAUCAAGAAGGUACAGUACAGCCGCAUUCAAAGCACUUGUGAAAGUGCUAAAGAAUGCAUGAGUAGAAAGGUGCCUCGUGGCAUGCCAUGAUAUUCAGUGGCGGAGGACGCCAGAAAAUUUAGGUGUUGCUAACGCAACGAAGAAUAAAAAAUUAUGACAGUUUAAAAUAACUUGUAGUUGUAGCUACAAAAUAAGUAAUAGAUGUUGAAAAAUACCUUAUUUAAUAGUCAUCUUGAUUAUAAUUCA